AUGUUGGCACAUAUACAUCAGAAUCUUAAGCACAGUGAUGCGCUCUCUGUGCUUGCGACGCACUUUGGAGAAGCGGAUGCAAAGCUGCAGGAGGCCUUGGCACAUUGUGGAGUUCUUGCCGUCAGACUUUGCUCUCAGGCGGAGAUUUGGCUUGAUGUUGACUUGCAGCAUCCUCCCAUCUCUGCGGAAGCAAUAAAGGUUCUGGUCGUGCAAGAGCCGCCUGAUGUUAAGUCUUUGAGCCUAGAGGGCUUUGACCUAGUGCUGACGUGGCAAGACGAACACCUGAAGCAACUGGGUCGACGUGCGGAGCUCUUUGUGCCAGCUACGCCUUGGCUUUUACCAGCCGAGUGGGAUCAAUUUGCGAUCAAAAAACUUGCUCUUGGAUUUCUAAGAGGCAGCAAGUGCCGGACUGCUGGUCAUCAGCUGCGACACAAGAUUUGGGAGGAACAACGACACCUCGAACACUCGAUGCAGGUUCCUCUGAACUUCAUGGAGGGUGGCGGUGUUAGCCGCGAGCAGCGCAACAUGCAAUUCUUCAGCAGCUUCGUGCUGGUGAUUGAGAACUCCAGACACAAAAACUAUUUUUCGGAAAAGCUGCUGGAUGCUCUCCUUGCCCGGUGCAUUCCAGUGUAUUGGGGGUGCACAAAUAUUGGAGAAUUUUUUGACGUCGCUGGAUUUGUGGUUGUUGAAGGUGAGAAUGUGGAGGAAGCGCUACACAAUGUGGUUUUGCAAGCCAAUCGUCUUUCUCCAGGUUUGGCUGAGCUCUGCCAAGAAGCCAUCGAGAGGAACUACUUAGAGGCAUCGAGGUAUGCAGGAGACUUUGGCCUUCGUUUGCAACAGGAUGACACGGAGUCCGUGGUGUCUGCGGGUUUUGUGAAGAAUGAGCUCCCCAUGCCUGAGGAACUCCAGGGGAAGCUGGCAGAGUCGAGUGAGGCCAUGUCGGCGCUCAUGUCCCGUGGCCCUGAAAGCUGGACGGAGGGGGAUACGCUGAGAAUCCACCUCCUCAACACAGAAGGAGUGGCAGUGGGCUGUGGUUGGAGACCCAAGAGCGGUUCAGUCUUGGACCUAGAUCCGAAUGAUUUUGCCAACGACCCCGACGGAUUUGGGAAAUGCGAACGCUGCUUCAAAGCCCACGAUUUCCCAGCUCAUUGGGGAACUGAGGACCAAGAGGUCCAAGUGGUCCCACAGGACACGGACUCCUCUCUGGAUUCCGGAUCAGAUACGGAUGACUCAGUGGACACGGAGUCAGACCUGGAAGGAGUAGACCUGCCAGAGUUGCUGAAAGCUGCAAGAGUCUAUUUUGAGCAACAAAAGGCUGGCAGGAAAGUGCAAGUGGUGUUGCUCUCCGGAGGUACAACUCACAAGCCUAUGCCACGUGAUCCUCACUCGGGAUUUCAAGUUUAUGAGGCUGAGGGCGGUGCGCGGUGGCUCAUCAGAGAGCACAAGGUUCCGCCAGAGGACGUAUUCGAGGAAAACUGGUCCUUGGAUACGAUUGCCAAUGCAUUCAUGUUGCGGACGGGAUUCUUGGAUGCCAAUGUCCGCUUGCAACUUGCUGCAAUUUAUUUCAUCGCCAUCGUCCAUGUAGGACAACGCACACAGAUCCAGCUGGCUGGACUAAGCUGCUCGUCAUAA